AUGCCGCGCCUAGACGCUGUCACCUACAGCCUUUUAGCAGCGUCAGCCAAGCCUCCUGAUGCUGAGGCCUCUUCCCCUCCACCUCCCCCUUCCCACAUCCACCUCUCCCCUCUCCUUUCCACCUCCGCUGCCCCUUCUUCCUCCCCUUCCAUCCUUCAGGAUCAGCCCACCCGUCAGAUCAGGAUCAGCCCACCAACCAGCGAAUCGAACGCACCACAACAAGGAGGAGAAAAACAAAACUCCUCAAGCAACAAGGAGGAGAAAAACAAAACUCCUCAAGCAACAAGGAGGAGAAAAACAAAACUCCUCAAGCAACAAGGAGGAGAAAAACAAAACUCCUCAAGCAACAAGGAGAAAAACAAAACUCCUCAAGCAACAAGGAGGGGAAAAACAAAACUCCUCAAGCAACAAGGAGGGGAAAAACAAAACUCCUCAAGCAACAAGGAGGGGAAAAACAAAACUCCUCAAGCAACAAGGAGGAGAAAAACAAAACUCCUCAGGCAACAAGGAGGAGAAAAACAAAACUCCUCAAGCAACAAGGGGGAGAAAAACAAAACUCCUCAAGCAACAAGGAGGAGAAAAACAAAACUCCUCAGGCAACAAGGAGGAGAAAAACAAAACUCCUCAAGCAACAAGGAGGAGAAAAACAAAACUCCUCAAGCAACAAGGAGGAGAAAAACAAAACUCCUCAAGCAACAAGGAGGAGAAAAACAAAACUCCUCAGGCAACAAGGAGGAAAAAAACAAAACUCCUCAAGCAACAAGGAGGGGAAAAACAAAACUCCUCAAGCAACAAGGAGGAGAAAAACAAAACUCCUCAAGCAACAAGGAGGAGAAAAACAAAACUCCUCUAGCAACAAGGAGGAGAAAAACAAAACUCCUCAAGCAACAAGGAGGAGAAAAACAAAACUCCUCAGGCAACAAGGAGGAGAAAAACAAAACUCCUCAAGCAACAAGGAGGAGAAAAACAAAACUUAUUGACACCCAACAGCUGCAAAAGUCGGCGUUGAGGAACUACAACGCCCGACUCUACAAGCACUUCUUAGUAAGUACAAUACAGAAACGCGCCCUGUAA